UUUGUGACAGCAACACAAACUGCGAAGUUUGUCAGACCAAUAAUGUGAGACACAACAACACUGCUGUAGUGAACUAAUGCUCGUGCGGAUUAUCAGUCUGUCUCUCUCUUCACGCCCGUGCGCCUUUUACUCUGCUACAUUCUGCGCACGAAUCACGUUUCAGCAACCAGGUCAAAAUCGUUUGGACUACAUCGCUAUAGGAACAGCGGCUGUAACACAGAGAAGGUCUAAUUACCGGACUUUGUGCUGGUGCAGGCUACACGUGAGUCGGAAGCUGUUCUCCACCGGAGGCGCGCGUGCGCUCUAACCACAGCACCGACGGCUUUGCAAAGUGGCAGCUCAGGGAACUAUAGACACCAGUCUGAAGCGCAGCUCCACUGGAGGACACGCACCGUGCAUCAUCUCCCCUCAGCCGUCCGUGUGUGGAUCGUAGAAUAACAAACAUUCCCCGAAGAAGCUCAGGAGCGGAUAAACCAGCAGGAGAGAAGUGAUGGAUGAAAGAAUACCGCAUUUACAGGACAGGCAGUUCAUGGAGCGCGCAGAUUUCCUGGGGGUGGAUUACCCCUCUCUCUACAUGUGCAAAUCCAAAAGAGGAAUAAAACGAGAGGAUGGUGGGAAGCAGGACGCAUACAAGUUACCACACCGGUUGAUAGAGAAGAAGAGGAGAGACAGAAUCAACGAAUGUAUUGGGCAGUUGAAGGAUUUGUUACCCGAACAUCUGAAGCUGUCGACGCUCGGGCAUUUGGAGAAAGCAGUUGUCCUGGAGUUAACAUUGAAACAUUUAAACGCACUGACUGCUGUCACUGAGCAGCAGCACCAAAAGAUUAUUGCUUUGCAGAAUGGGGACCGGUCGAUGAAAUCGUCCAUUCAUGCAGACCUGGAUGCGUUCCACUCUGGCUUCCAGGCCUGUGCCAAAGAGGUCCUGCAGUACCUGAGUCAGUUUGAGAACUGGACGACGCGAGAGCAGAGGUGCGCGCAGCUCAUCAACCACCUUCAUAAGGUGCUGGCGCAGUUCCAGCCCGGCGCGCCGCCGCUCCAGCACCAGCUACCCGCCGGGGACGCACAGGAUGGGCAGAAAGCUGACAGCCAAGCUAACUGUGUCCCGGUCAUCCAGAGGACCCAAGGCGGGGAGCUUAACGAGAAUGACACAGACACGGACAGUGGAUACGGGGGCGAAGCUGAAAAGGGCGAUGGCAAAGAUAAAGAAUGUGAGCGCAAUAAGGCGCAGGGACCCAAGGCAGUGAAGAUCAAACAAGAGUUUGGAGAUGAACGCGCUGCCAAAAAACCAAAGAUGAACUGGCCUGGGAACGGAUUGGGGGGCGCAGACCCCACCAGGCCUGAUCUGGCGCUAAUGAACUCUUUGAUGGGAAUAAGCAGUGUGGGACAGCAGACACCGAUUUGCAUGCCUUUCUACUUCAUCAACCCCUCGGCCGCCGCGUCUUAUAUGCCUUUGUUCGAUAAAAGCACAAUUGAAAAGUACAUGUACCCGGCGGCAGCCGCUCUUGCGUCCCCUUUCCCCUGGUUAUACCCUGCACACGCGUCAGCAGCGGCUGCCGCGGCCGCUGCUGCCGCUUUCCCCGGCUUGUCUGCGCACUUUGGAGCCUCUUCUCAGUCCAAGGACUCCCUCUCUCCAGACAGCGACGGGUCACACGAGGUUGAGACGGGCUCACCGGAGGAGCGCGAGGAAAGUCUCGCGAGUGACGACGGGGAGGCUGACGUAGCCGACACGUCCCAGGAGAAGAAGAGCACCCCACACGACCAGUUUUCUGCUUGUCCAACGAGCUAAUUUGUCUGUUACCUUUCUGUGCAUUCUGCUGAUAAAAAAAAAAAUAUGUAUUUUAAUUUUUUUAAAAUUAGGCUAGUUUUAAAACGAGGUUCCACCGAGGAGUUUCUCGUGUACAAGAUCUUUGCGAAACAGGGGACAGUUGUGACGGCGUGUGCCUUUUGCACUUAUGCUAGAUUAAUCAAUCUGAAUGAUUAUCGACAAUGAUUGACACUAGUACACGACUGUGUUGUGCUGGAGUUAGUUUUUUUUAAUCCUCUUUGAUAAAGAAAAAAAUAUUUUGAAAUGGCAGCAUUGGUGCCAAAACUUUGAGUACUACAACAGUGCGCAAUAUCCCAAUCAGCGAGUCUCUUUGGAUGUAUGAAGUUGCAACUGACCUCUGCCAAGGUUACUAAGAUCUUGGCUGACUGUAAAUAUUAUUACCUGGAAGACAGUCUGAUUCAUUAACAUGUAAAUGUGCACUAAAUGGGCCUAUAAAACGAAGAGCUCCUGGAAGUGUAACGUACCUACAGUACCUCAUCCCCCAACUUUGCACGGGGUAGGCUUAUUGGGAGGCACAUUACUGUCCCUCCUGAGAAAAGAUGAAUGGUAACCCCCCCCCCCCCCCCCCCACACACACACAAUCUUCAUCAUUAACAACGAAUACAUAAAUCAGCUACUUUAACAAUCGCAUAUUGAGAUAAACGGGGAGGUAUUAUGCCCCAUUUCCCCCAUCUCAUCUUUCUAAAUCUGAGUUUGCUCUGGUUUCCUUUACUUGUUUGUUGUUGUGAGCAAAGAAGAAAAAACAAAACAAAACCAGUCAUAAAGAAGAAACCUUUCAUUCACAAGACGCUGCUUGACCAGCAUAUUGUACAUCCCCUGAAUGAGGCAUUUCUGCGAGAUGCUGUGACCUCCUGUACCUCCAGGAAACAUUGUAGGAUAGCACCUUAUAGAUCUUUGAUAUUGAAUGUACCUGUAUUUUCCCAGCUGUUAAAGUUUGUAUGUAGGAUGAUCUUUAAUCUUUGAGACGUAAAGUGCACUUUUUUCUGCUUUGACCCGCCCCCCCAACUCCAACACUCACCUUAUCAUUUUGAAAGUCAACCACCGUAGUUCCCUUUGCAUUUUUUUGUUGUAUUGAGUUGUCUUGAAAUAAAUAAUAAUAAUAAUAAUUUCAAUUUAAAAGAGGGGGGCAGAGAUACCAGAUGCUUUGUGAUGAUUUCAUGCAGUAAAGUGGUGAUCAAGCCAUUUUAACAAAACACUGCUCAUUUCUUGCUCUUUCAAGGCAAAAUUACUCAAAUCAUAAUCGGAUGUGAAAACUCUUGUAGUCCAUUACCCCACCAGACUAUCCCUGAUUCUGUGUUAUAUACUACCAUUAUGUAAAACCUCGCUUUUCCAAUAUUUGACAAAGGUGGGAAAGCAACUGUGGUCAUAUGACUAUCAGCUAUGAUCAUUGCUGUUUUAGAAACUUUAACUUUAUCUUGGCCUGUUUUCUAAGAACUCAAGUCCUGCAAGUGUAGUGUUGUUCAGCUUUUUUAAGUUUCACACGUGACUGAAUAAACAGAUUAUUUUCAUGGUAUUUUGCAUACAUGACAUUGCUUUUGUAGUUUUCUUCGGCUGGUUUUGCCUCAAAUCUGUUAUCAACUGUUAUAUAAAGUGGCAUGUGUGUCUGUAAAUAGUUUUUGUGAAUAUACCAUUAAGUAUACAUGUCUAUGUCAAUGUUGUAGAAAUCUAUGGAUUUUUUUUUUUUAAAGAUUUAACUGAGCAACUGUUGCACAUUUCGUUAAUGCUUUACACAUAUGCUGUUCUAAAUUAUUGCUGAUGAGUUGUAAAAUAAACAUCAAA